AUGAAGAAAAAGUCGGUUUACGCCAACAUCACUCCCAUCCCCUCUCAUAUCCCUCGCCAGCUGGCUAUCGACAUGCUCCAUAGUCAUGGCGAGAUCAUCGAACUCAAUCCUCUCGUCAUCGGCUACAAACCUGUCAAGGCUCCUCAGAAUGCUCCCGCCGACGAAUACUUCUCCACCUGGUACGAGAUCAAUGAGAGGAUUCAAUACGUGCCUGGCAUGGGAAAGAUGGGCUCUGGCAAAAUAUCUUUCAAGGGUUGCUUCCACGACAUGCCAUGGGGCUUACAGACGCACAUCUACGCUCCCAUGGGCGUCGACUUGCGCAACAAAUGGCAGAUUCGAGGAAAUCAACCUGGCGAACCCCCCGAGUCUCGAGAGCUGGGAAGUGGUGCCCCCGCUGAAGGACUAUACUUGAGAGAAGAUAUUGAAAUCAAGUGCAAUCCUGCCAUGAUCUCGUUUGUCAAGAAGGAAUUGAAAGCAGCCUCAAAAGUCAUGGUUGAUCGUUUAGUCAAGAAAGCUGAGAUGAUCGAUGCCGGAGAGCUCAAUGCCAUGAUGGAAGAUGGAAGACUCAAGACUAUAAAUCCCGCAGAUCGAUCGCAAACAUUCCAGACAUUCCAAUCACAAGGCCAUUAUUCACCUAUGCUUUCUCCUCAUCACCCAUAUUCACCUUCCUCACCUGGACUUCCCUACCAAUCCACAUAUGGCAGACAACCACAAUAUAGUCCACAUGUUCCGCCGCCACAAGGACUGGCGAUUGAGAUGCCGGGCAGCACCCAUUAUAUCCAAGAACACUCGCAACAACGCCUGCACCCUCCAAGUCGCUUCUCGGCCGCGGUCUCCGAGUUGUCAGCUAGUUCGCCUAGUCAGAGUAAUUUCCCCAACGGCGCCCACUCUGACCGACAGAGUUAUGCUGCUUCUGUCAGUUCGCAUCCUAGUUCCUACGACCAAGGCAGUAUGGCUUCUCCUGGCAUCGACAAAAAUUCUUUUGUUGCCGAACUACCUGCCGGCAUUGGUCCCGUACCAAACCGAUCGCCCAGGACGCCGGAUCCCAAUGCGAUGUCCGCACAGCAAUACCGGUACAAUCCACAGGAUUACGCUCGAGUUUCGUGA